AUGGAUGAAGAGCGCAUUUGUGCAGGCAGUGGGAGUAGGAUGUCGGAAGCUCCUCUGAUGCAGCCCACUCUCACACCCCCGCGCAGCCGCAACAGGCGAGUGGACGACCGUGCGCUCGGACGGAUGAUUGCUGCCACUGGUGGCCACUGGCGUGGAAUCCGUGUUCUCAGUCUCUCCACAGCAUAG